AUGGUCUUCCCAUUGUUCACUAUGCCCUGCCUCCACAGUCAUCACCAUCAACCCCCUAUUCUUCACUCUCGCGACUCCUAUGAUGAUGGACAUAUAUCAUCCUCAGCAGCAGUUGGCCUCACUGUUGGAAUCACCCUCAUUGUAGUCAUCAUCGCCGCCAUCACUUACCUUUGGUGCUGGCGCCAAAGUCACCGCCGGCGAUCUCGACGACGACGACGCUCCGAAUCGCGCCAUCGCCGCAACAACCAACAAGAGCAAGCGAAUGCUGCUGCGCGUGGAAACGAUGAGAGGGCAAAUGAAGUCGAGCAGGCGCCUCAGGGACAGAAUGCCGCUGCCCAGAAUGAAGAGGGACCUCCACCACCUGCUAUACCCCUGACGGUUCAUCAUCACCAGCAUGACGACAAGCAUUUCCACGGCCACUGCCAUGACCAUCAUGACCAACAACAUGAUGAUGAAGCUGCCCAAGACUCUCCUAGUGAUUCUGAUUUUGAUCAUCGUCACGUAAACUACCAUCGCCACCGCCGUUUCAACCGCGCCCAGCGUAUCUUUCAUCCACAAGAUCCCAUUGCAGAGGCUGAAGAGCCAAUCCAGCCGCAGAUUCGACUAGCAGACUUGGAGGCUAUUUUCAAUGGACUAGAUGUACCGCUGGCGAAUGAUCGUGCUGAUGUCGCUGCCAAAGAAGAGAAGAAUGGGCGGCGGGAGAAAAAGGAAAGAGAAAAGGGGCAGAAACGGCACCAUCGCCAUCCCCAUCGCCAUCGUCAUCACUGCCACCAUCGGCAUAGGCGAGUGGUAGCUCACUGA